AUGGCGACUGUAAGGGUACGCGGUUGGGAUAAGAUCUUCGCCGUUGCGGGGCCGUCCCCGCGGGAAGCCAUUAUCUCCGAGGCUGCAAUAUACUUUAAGCUUACGCGUAUGAGAAAGAUCGCCGGAGCUUCCUCCAUCGAAUAUCUGAGCGCCCUCGCCCAUAAAUCCUAUCAACUACACUCCGCUCAUCAUACAGCAAAAGAAACACUGCCUUUUCUGGCGUCGGCAGCCACGGCAGCGCCGACCUGCAACCGCUCCCACUUAAACAGCACCGUCGGUCUCUACACCGUCCAAGAAGGCGACACCAUGGCCAGUGUCUCCAAUUCCGUAAACCGUGGAAUCUGCGAUAUCGCACGACUCAACCGCAUGGCCGAUGCCAUGAUCCCCUUCCUGACAGGAGAACAGCUGCUCAUUCCCCCGGAGACCUGCACACCCGACAACUCCACAUGUCUGCUCUUUCCUAGCCACAACGACAACUACGCCGACUGCGUUUCCGGUGGUCCUCACACAUACUACACCGUGAAGGGUGACACUAUCCGCACCAUCGCCCUGAGGCUGAACAUCACUGUCGACGCCCUCUCCGCAACCGCUCAGGGUGGAGUCAGUGAUCCUGACGCACUGGUGCAGGUGAACAAUGAGCUGAAGGUCCCUCAGUGCAGUCCUAGUGUGUGUGAGGUUGAGCCGUAUCAACUUAUUUAUGGCACCUACAAGGAUCUAGCCGACAAGUAUGGCUCUACUGUGGGCCAGAUCAUGGCGUUCAACCCGACUUAUAAUCACUCGGAUGUAGCUAGGGGUGAGGGUGCCGUUAUUACUUUGCCCAAGAACUGCAGGAACUUGGGUGAUAAUGUUACUGUUAUUUCUUAAGGAACAGAUUUGGUCGGUGGUCCUGUAGGGAGGAUGGG